UUUGACCAAACUUGAUGGGUUCAUUUCAUACUUCUAUAUCMUCAUUAAAUCUUUCAUCAAUCUCCCAAUUGGAAAACUUCCAACUAGCAAUUAUGGCCAUCCACAGCCAAACCACAACCCAUAACCAAAAUCACCAUUUCUCUGUUUCAUUAGCUUUCCCACUUAUUUCCGCUGCUCUGUUUCUUCUCCUUUCCGGCAAUGCCAUUGAAGCCAUUCCCACAGAAACCGAAGCUCUCCUCAGAUGGAAGGAGGGUCUCCCCCCUCAGCCAAUUCUCGAUUCUUGGCUCUCAAAUUCCUCUGCUUCGAACCCAUGUCAAUGGCGGGGCAUCGCCUGCAACAACCAGAGCAGCGUCAUCGAGAUCAAUUUGGCCUCCACUGGUUUGAGAGGUACUCUCGACAAAUUAAACUUCUCUUCUUUUCCUAAUCUUCUUCGUCUUGAUCUCAAAAUCAACAAUCUCUCUGGUGUGAUUCCGCCCUCCAUUGGAGUGCUCUCAAAGCUCCAAUUUCUUGAUCUCUCCACCAAUCUCCUCAACAGUACGCUCCCCCUUUCUCUGGCGAAUCUCACAGAGGUUUUUGAGCUCGAUGUUUCUCGUAAUUCCAUUACUGGGUCUUUGGAUCCUCGUCUUUUCCCAGAUGGGUCUGCUGAUUCCAGAACUGGGCUGAGGAGUUUGAGGAAUUUCUUGCUUCAGGAUACUCUGCUUCAGGGCAGAGUCCCUGAGGAGAUUGGAAAUAUCAAAUCUUUGAGUUUGAUUGCUUUCGAUAGGAGCCAUUUCUCUGGUCCGAUUCCUCAGUCUUUGGGGAAUUUGACUAAUUUGAACAUUCUUCGUCUGAAUGAUAACCAUUUCUCUGGGGAAAUUCCUAAGAGUAUUGGGAAUUUGAGGAACUUGACUGAUUUGCGUUUGUUCAUUAAUGAUUUGUCUGGUGAAGUGCCUCAGAAUUUGGGGAAUAUGUCAGCUUUGACUGUUCUUCAUCUUGCUGAGAACAAUUUCAUUGGUACUCUGCCUCUCCAUGUGUGUAAAGGGGGAAAACUUGUUAAUUUCUCUGCUGCACACAAUAGUUUUAGUGGCCCAAUUCCUAUGAGUUUGAAAAAUUGUCCCAGUUUAUACAGAGUUUUGAUUCAGAACAACAGCCUUACUGGUUCGCUGGACCAAGAUUUUGGAGUGUAUCCGGAUCUUAAUUACAUAGAUUUGAGCUACAAUCAGUUUGAUGGAAACCUCUCUCCYAAGUGGGGAGAAUGUAGAAACUUGACCCUUCUGAGGAUCACUGAGAAUAAGGUAAGUGGUGAAAUUCCAGAUGAGAUUACUCAGCUGGAAAAUUUGGUGGAGCUCGAACUCUCUUCGAAUAAUCUCUCUGGAUUGAUACCGAAAAGCAUCAGGAAUUUGUCGCAACUAUCGGUACUUGGACUGCAGAACAAUCGGCUUUCCGGGUCGAUUCCUGCUGAUCUUGGAAGCAUUGUGAAUCUGGCACAUCUAGACCUCUCCAUGAAUAUGUUGACCGGACCAAUUCCUUCCCAAAUAGGCGACAACACCAAGCUGCAAUAUCUGAGUUUGAGCAUGAACCAGCUCAAUGGCUCAAUCCCAUUUCGAAUAGGAAGUCUUGUGACAUUGCAAGAUUUACUUGAUCUAAGUCAUAAUUCGCUAAGUGGAGGAAUUCCUUCACUUUUGGGGAAUCUUGUAAGCUUGGAGAAUUUGAACUUGUCCCAUAACAAUCUUUCUGGAUCAAUACCAGAUAGUUUGGGCGGAAUGGUGAGCUUGGUUUCUAUUAAUCUAUCCUACAACAAUCUUGAGGGUCCUCUCCCUGAUGAAGGCAUCUUCAAAACAUCUAGACUAGAUGCUUUCAGCAACAACAGAGGCUUAUGUGGGAGUGUGAGCGGUCUCCCGCGCUGUAGUAGCAUUGUGACCGGAGACGACAAAGAAGGCAGCAGAAAUAAGCUUGUAACGAUUCUCGUACCGUCUUUGGUUGGAGCACUGUUAGUAUCCGUGGUGAUUUUCGGAACCGUUUUCUGUGUCCUACGAAAGAGAGGCAGGCAAGAUCCAGAAGGCAAUGGGAAGACAGUGAAGGAGAAGCUGUUUUCGAACAUUUGGUACUUCAAUGGCAGAAUCGUGUACUCCGACAUAAUCAAAGCGACGAAUUCGUUCGAUGACAAGUACUGCAUAGGAGAAGGAGGGUCUGGAAAAGUUUACAAAGUGGAAAUGGCUGGGGGUGAGGUAUUUGCAGUGAAGAAGCUACAUUCUUGGGAUGAUGAGAUGAGUGUGCAGAAUCAGAAGAGUUUUGAAAAUGAAGUUGCAGCCUUGACUGAGAUAAGGCAUAGGAACAUUGUUAGGCUGUAUGGAUUCUGUUGCAGAGGAGCUCAUACAUUUUUGGUUUAUGAUUAUAUUGAAAGGGGAAGCUUGGGUUAUGUACUCAGCUUAGAAAAGGAAGCAAAGGCAUUUUCGUGGUCGAAGCGAAUCGAGGUCGUAAAAGGCGUCGCUCAGGCGUUAUCUUAUCUGCAUCAUGAUCGCAAGCCUCCGAUUAUACAUAGAGACAUAACAGCCAACAAUGUGUUGUUGGACUCAGAGUUUGGAGCACAUGUUGCAGACUUUGGCACAGCGAGGUUUUUGAAACCCGACAUGUCCCGUUGGACGACAGUUGCUGGCACUCAUGGCUAUGUUGCCCCAGAGCUAGCAUACACAAUGGCGGCGACAGAAAAAUGCGAUGUCUACAGUUUUGGUGUCGUGGUGCUUCAAGUUUUGAUGGGAAAGCAUCCAGGGGACCUAAUUCUAUCAUUGCAUUCUUCACCUGAUUACAACGUUGAAUUGAAUGACAUCUUAGACUCUCGUCUGCAACCUCCUGAAAAUGACAAGACCUUCAGCGACUUGACUUUGAUAAUGAAUCUAGCAAUCUCCUGUUCGCACGUAAAUCCCCAAUCACGACCAACGAUGCGCAAUGCCUGCCAAUUACUAGAAAUACAAGCUGCAGAUACUUAGGUCCUAUUUGAUAAUCAUUUUAUUUUUAGUUUUCUCUUUCUCUAUUCUAUUCGUGAUUGAUGUUUGUUCUGUGUAUCUAAUCCGCUACAGUUUAGUGUAGUUAAAAAAUUUUGCUAUCGUAGAAGUGCAAAUUGUUUGUCAUGGAUUGUUUAUGGUUUAAUCCUUUGAAACAACAACAUUUCUUUCUCUAGUCUUUUUGUUAUUUGAAGUUAUGAGUUUGGUAUUUGUUUAUUGAGUC